AUAAGGCUUCAACUGGCAACAUUGAUCCAAUCACCAAAACUACUUGCUACUGUCAUUUCUAGUGUUCAGAGUCAUUUUGUAUCCAGCACAAACAUUUGAAACUUUACACACCACUGUAGGUUAUUGUGUUACAUAUUGCAUAUUUUGCAAAUAAUUUGCAAAUAUGCUAAACUGCGUGUACUUGUUUCUUUUUGCACUGCUAACUUUAACACUCAGUGCCAACAAAUUUGAGAUUAAGCGAGGACCAUCAAUAACACGAAAAACUGGAAAAGCAGGACUUAUCCCAGUUAUUCAACAAGAAGAGUGCGGUCCAUGCAUAAGGGACGAAAUGUGUAUAAUCCAUCCAGGAGAAUCAUUUCCUUGUAUUCGAGAUUUUACUGCCACUACAUCAACUUCAUCAUUAUCACUGCUCGUGGACGUAUACAUUGCCGCUACGCUAGAGGACGACAAUGAAUAUUGUGUCCAAAUUAUGGACCUAGAACUACCAAAUUCUGAAGUAGAAGAAGGCGUUUCGUACUUUGCAAGAUUUUAUGCCACACCAAAUGACACGCUCAGCAAAAAGAGAGUUCAAUUCCGUGGUAGUAUUGUUCAUACGGAUACCAGAUUUGUGGAAUUGUGUGCGUCCAUCGAUUGCUACAUAAUUUAAGAAUGCAUACUUAAUUAGUAUUUUAAAAUGUAUGUUUAAUGUAUGUUUAAUAGUAUCUACUGAUAUGUACAUGUCUGCACCUAUAAAAUUACCGACGGAUAUUCACUUAGAUAUUUUGUUCCAUGCAUCGUAUGACCACACUAAUAUAACUUGCCCGAAUGAAAAGUAUAUAUUUUUAUCCCAUUAGAAUAUGGGAUAUAAAUAAAUAAACCAGAAGAUAAAUAUGUACACUCUAAAUAAAAAUAAGUAAAAUUUAUUCGAGGUUAGAGUAAAAAAGAGGAUGACA